AGUAAUAAUGCAGAGAAGGCCACAUUCUUGAUGGUUGUUUGAUCAGACUGCUGCCAUUUUCUAUUUGGUUUUUUAUUUUUAUUGUUUUCCUUUGUCAUAUUGGAACAUGAUUCUAUAAAAGUCCACACUUUAGCUGUCCCAUCUUUACAAGAUUGUCCCAAAAGUACCCAAACCCCGUUUUGAUUAAAACCCCACAAUCUUUCUUCUCCACACACUGCAAUCCUUUAUCAAUGCCUUACAUUCUAUUUCUCUUCCUAUUACCCCUUUUCGCCCUUUCCGCCGCCGACACCACCACGCUAUCCCUCUCACCGACCGCCGCCGUAUCGCCGCCGCUAACCGAUCCAUGGCUGCGGCUCAAUCGCCUUGCCGCCGCAUCCGCCGCCAGGGCCCACCAUCUCAAGUACCCCAAGGCCAACAUUUCCUCCGUCAAAGUCCCCCUCUUUCCCCGCGGCUACGGCGGCUAUUCCGUCUCCCUCAGCAUCGGAACGCCGCCGCAGGAGCUGUCCUUCGUCAUGGACACCGGCAGCAGCCUCGUCUGGUUCCCAUGCACCCAGCGCUACGCCUGCAGUUCCUGCGACUUCCCUGAAUCGAAUCCGGCGAACAUUUCCACUUUCAUCCCCAAGUCGUCGUCGUCUUCAAGAAUCGUCGGCUGCCAAAACCCGAAAUGCCGGUGGCUUUUUCCCGAAGUUCAGUGCCGGAACUGCCGGAACGGUUCGACCGGAUGUACGGAAUUUUGCCCGCCGUAUAUCGUUCAAUACGGAUCCGGUUCGACUUCGGGGCUAUUGCUCUCUGAAACCCUAAUUUUCCCGGAGAAAACGGUCGGAAAUUUCAUCAUCGGCUGCUCGGUUUUUUCUUCCCGGCAGCCGGCCGGCAUUGCCGGUUUUGGCCGUGGACCGGAGUCCUUGCCGGCUCAGAUGGGGCUCACGAAGUUCUCCUACUGUCUUGUCUCUCACCGGUUUGACAACAUGCCGGCGAGUAGCGAUCUGGUCUUGAGCACCGGCGGCGGCUCCGCCGCCGCACCUGCCGGAAUCAGAUACACUCCAUUCCGCAAAAAUCCAACCUCUUCCAAUCCGGUGUACAAAGAUUAUUACUACGUGACGCUGCGGAAGAUCACGGUGGGCGGGGUGAAAGUUAAGGUACCGUACAAGCACCUGGUGCCGGACUCCGCCGGGAACGGCGGAACGAUUGUGGAUUCCGGCACUACUUUCACGUUCAUGGAGAAGCACGUGUUCCAACUGGUCGCCCAAGAAUUCGAGAAACAAGUGGAGCGAAACUACAGCCGAUCGAUUAAUCUGGAAAAGCAAUCAGGAUUGGAGCCGUGUUUCAACGUCUCCGGCGAGAAAUUGAUCAGUCUUCCCCAAUUGAUCUUCCAUUUCAAAGGAGGAGCAAAAAUGAUUCUGCCAUUGGCGGAUUACUUCUCCUUCUUGGACGAUUCAGUGAUCUGCAUGACUGUAAUUACAAACAGCGAUUCUUCCGUCGCCGGAGCUGGCCCGGCGAUCAUACUCGGGAAUUAUCAGCAGCAGAAUUUCUACAUAGAGUACGAUUUACAAAAUCAACGACUCGGAUUCCUCGAGCAAAUCUGCAAAUAAAAUUUCUCAAUUUUUUUUUUUUUUUAAUUUAAUAUUCUGCCACAAUUCUUGAAAAAGAUAAAAAUAAGGAUGUUGCUGAUUCCAUAAUAUAUAAUUACAGAUUUCUGGUAAUGGUAAACAUAAUAAUUAAUAUUGGUAGAUCGAUCAUGGAUAUAUGUGACUGUUUUCCAUUAUAUAUAUUUAUUUCAUUGAAUCCACAAGUGAUUGCUGACGACAGUUAUAGUGACUGUUGGUUAUGAAUUUAAUAAAAGUUGUGGGUAGACAUCGUCAGAAAUUUGGUUCAAUUUUGUUUGAUACAAUUAAUAAUUUGCA